GGCAAAAAGUGGCAAAAUAUGGCCUUAUGAUACCAGACUCGUGGAAAAGCGAUGAAGAACGAGCACGUGUGGCACGCGCAAAAACAAGAAUGUCAGACCAAAGAAGAAGCUGCUACAUGGGCCUUCAAAUGCCAAGUUUACAAUUAUACAGAUUUGUUGAACAUGGCGUUUAUAUGUAACCGGGACGACUGGCACGCAGCAAGUUUUGUAAUCCUCUAUCUACUUGUGUCACUAACUGCUAUGGUGAGCAACGCGUCAGUAGUGCUAGCCUCAAUAGUGGAGCGAUGGAAGGAGAUCGACCAGUUCACGUUUGUGUUCGCAGUCAGCCUGAGUUUCAACCACUUCUUGGUUGCUUUCCUGGUGUAUCCUAUGGGAGUCUACACAAUGCUGCGCACUGAUGGUUGGGGGCUUGGAAACUAUUGGUGCACUUUCACUGCUUACUGCACUUCUUAUUUCGAGGUAUUGUACAUGAUGCACGUACUAAUGAUAGUGUUUGAUAUGUUGAUAUACCGCUUCACAAAUCUUAAAUCAGUCGUAAAGGUGUAUCUUGUGAAGAAGGUAGCCAUGUCGUUAUGGGUAACAGCUCUUAUCCCCCACAUGAUUUUAAUGUGGGACCAGGACUGGUUCUUAACUGAUGGAGGAUCUUUAGGAAUAAGCGACAAGUAUCUACAGUGUAACGUCACGGGACACGACGAUCCUAAACCUGUUAUCAACUGUUUUACAGCAUACACUUUUACAACCUACAAGGAGCUCUAUAUCUACCUGCUCUGUUUCUUUAUUUUACCUGUUGCUUACGCCGCCAUUUCGUAUACGCUGUUAUUGUACCUAAGAAAGCGAAGUAUGUUGAAGGGAAACAGGAAAGAGGAGCUGAGCGAGGAAGACCAGCUAGAAAACGCUAGAACUUUUAUACAGAGAUACAAGGCAAGUUUGUGUAUGGUGUUAGUAUUCUCUGUUACUCAGUUACCAAAGUGGAUCUGCUCUUUCUUUCUCCUAGGUCAAGACUUGGCUCAUCGAAAAAAAGUCAACAAUGGAGAAGCAGUUGAAGCCGAUAAUCUACAAGGACCCAGUGAGGUGAUAAGAAUGGACUUCCUUUCUUUCUGGACGUGUCUGGGUAGUAUCCUGAUUCCUUUCUGUUACAUGAUGACUUGUCCUACCUACUUCCACGCGGUUACCGCUACCAGACCUCUGUUAUGGCUCCGGAAGCACGGAGAGAUCAUCCACGGUAGAACAUACUCCAAGAGGCUGUUAGAAAGGUGCACCAGACUCCUCUCUCACGUACAGAGGAACCUGAACACCUCCAGUUCACGGUCCAAUCUAGAUGGGAGCGUUAUAAACUCGUCCCGGGACCGGUCUCCCAGUCAUAGGUUUUCAAUAUUCGGACGUCCUAAAAAAGAUGACAGUGAUUCCCCUAAAAUGAGGUUAAAAGAACCAGAACGGAGCCCAACAUCACCCCCCAACGCUCUAGACGUUCCGGGUCAGCCCCGGGCCCGACUCGACACCAACAGCAAAAUCUACAUGAACAGUAUCGCGGAGGAGUGUAACGGAAAUGAACCAGAGUCCCCACACCGUCUGCGGCUCGAUACGAAAAGUAAUGUGAUAUCUAACAGCGAGGCAGUUGGGAUGAGACCUAGCAGUCCGGCAGAUAUCCUGGUAAUGUUAGCUGCUGAGAGCGAGGAAGAGGCUCCCAAACUGGACUAUAGUCCGGAUAUACAGCCCUGUGGUGCCGGUGGGACGAUCAGCUCAGUUAGACCCAUUUCAGUGACCCCACAAGAACACUCAACUCCCCGAUGUGACCGACCAUCGUACGCCACUCUGGACGAAUCAUUUCCAGCUCGACCGCUUAGAUCCCAACGAAACUUAAAGGAUUUAACUGUAAGUGCGGAGGAGAAGGUGGCGGCUAAGAGAAAACUGCCAGUACCUCGGUCAAGUGGGCCCACCUCUCCCGCACUUUCACAAAGUCUUUCUACCAGUUCAAGAUUGUGACGCUUUUUAAAGUUUCUUUCUCUGUUUAUUUUUUCACUUUUUAUCUGAUACUUGCGUGUACUAUAAUUUAAUACUGUAAUUUUAAGCCAUGUAUGCAGAUUUGAGAAUGUUAAACUUUUACUUUUAGUGCAUGUGCCUGUUUUAAAGAAUAACCGUAUAAUUUUGGUUUUAUCCGUGUUUCUAACGAUCUAAAACCGUGCAUCAUAUAGGAAAUAAAUUGAAUGUACAUACUUUAAUAUUAUGAUCGGUGUGCAAGAGCUUGUUACGAAGAAUAUAUAAUGCUGAUUAACACUGUUAAAAGUAUAUGCUUUCACCCUGAGACUGAGUGGCUAUCUGUUAUUCGCUGCAGUUAUACCGUUUUGUUUGACACGGAUCUAAGUCGAUCCUCAUGUAACAUGUUUAUUUGAGUAUAUUUGUGAUUUGUUAAGUUAUGAUUUCGAUACGAAAUUGAAUCUCAAUUUUUAAAUUCAACC